CCCACAUAGUUCACAAGGGCCCGAACCUCAUCGAAGUAACUCUCCUUCAGCUCGGAGCAAUGGCGGCCCUCCGAACCCUCCUCCUUUCUGUCCGCUUCACAGCUCUGCUUCCACUUCCGUCCCCAAAAGCCCCUGCUUUCUUGUUCUCCGUUGGACCCCACAAACUCCAUAGCCACAGCUUCCACGCCUCCGCUGCCUUGAGAGCCGCCGCGAACCCGGAAACCUCGGACGCCGCGCGAUUCGCCCGGAAGGUCUUGUUUGUCCCACCGGGUGUCGAUCCCGAGGAGGUAACAGGCGACAUGGUCCUGCCCGGGUCCAACAUCGUAAUCGGGCCCUACGCGGGCCACGCCCAGAUUAAAGAGGUGGAGUUCGUGAAGAGCAGCGGCAGGGCCAAGGACUGCCCCAGGGACGGACGGCCGGAGUUCGCCAUUCUGGGCCGGUCCAACGUGGGGAAGUCCUCGCUGAUUAACGCCUUGGUGAGGAAGAAGGAGGUUGCUCUUACUUCAAAGAAACCGGGGAAGACUCAGCUCAUCAAUCAUUUCUUGGUGAACAAGAGUUGGUACAUUGUCGAUUUGCCGGGUUAUGGGUUUGCCAAGGCCCCGGGAUCUGUUCGAAUGGACUGGUCUGCCUUCACGAAAGGUUACUUUCUGAACAGAGACAAUCUAGUCGCUGUAUUGCUUCUGGUUGAUGCUAGUGUGCCCCCUCAGAAGAUUGACCUUGACUGUGCAAAUUGGCUCGGUCGUAACAACAUACCGAUGACUUUUGUAUUCACGAAGUGUGAUAAGAUGAAGGGAGGGAAAAGGCCUGACGAGAAUAUAAGGAACUUCCAAGAGCUUAUGAGGGAGAACUAUCGGCAUCAUCCUCCAUGGAUCAUGACGAGCAGCGUCACGGGCUUGGGGAGAGACGAGCUUCUACUUCACAUGUCACAGCUACGGAACUACUGGGACCAAUGAUCCUUUGUAAAAGCUCAAAACCUUCAUGGGUGAAAUCAUUAGAUACAGGAGACAUGCUAAAAUUCAAGGAAUCGGAAUCAGGUCAACUACCAAGGACUUCCAGCGGCCUUUGCUCCUCAUCCUGACUUAAUGGUACUCAAUGAACAACCGCCAUGAGAUGUUUCAUAUGUAUACCAUAGCCAGGGUUAAGGACAUAUGUUUGUUUAUAUGAGAUUAGUCUUUGUAUUGGCAAUAUGAGCUUUUGGUCCGUGGUUGGUUUAUACUGGUCUGCGAACCAUUUCGAGAUGCUGUAACAUAUCGUUUCAGGGGGCGGGCUAUAUGUAUGUAAUAAAAGUACCGCUUCUUGAAGUUGCAGUCCUCAGAGGUCAUAUAUGGCUUAAUUGCCUCGUCGUUUCUUUGUA